AUGAUUUUACUUCAAGAAACUUAUAUUAAAAUCAUAUCGAGAAUACAGAAUUGUAAAGAAAAUUAUCAGAAACUUGAAUUGGAGCUUUCAGAUGAAUUUGGGUAUUUAAAUAUGAAAAGUUUAAACAAUAGUCCUGACGUUAUAUUAAAACUAUCUAAUGAAAUGGAUAUGACAUGUACUCAAGUAGCAAAAAUUAUUUUAGAUAAUUAUUAUGAAAAAGAUAAAAAUUUAAUUUCGACUAACAAUAAAACAUCAAAUUUGAAACAAUAUAUGAAAGAUUCUACUUUGAUCGAUGAUCUCGAUUUAGCUCAUGAAGUUUUUCUCUGUCAACUCUACGAUUAUCAAUAUGGACAUAUAAAUGAUAUUAUUAGGCAUUGUUUCGGACAAGAAUACGAAUAUCAUUUGCAAAAAAUUGUUAAAGAAAAAAAUUUAACAUUUCAAAGCGAAGAUGAUUUGAGAAUGUAUGGUUAUGAUAAAACACCUGAUAUCAAAUUAGAUGUACCUUUUGCUGUCGAUGGUUUUGUGAUUAAUUGGAUCGAGAGUAAAGCACUUUUCGGGGACCCAGAAGAACAUCAAAAUUAUUUAAACGAACAAUAUUCAAGUUAUUGGAAUAGGUUUGGAACUGGUCUGGUGAUAUAUUGGUUAGGUUUGGUUGAUUCAAUAAUCGAUCCUGGAGAAAAAAGGUUUAUUGUGAGAGAUGAUUUCCCCAAGGAAAUAACACUAAUCAAUCCUUUUAUAAUUGCCGAUAUACCUGAAAAUACAUCAAAAAAUUUAGUGAAAGAUUCUGGUAAUAGUCAAUGUGAUAAUGAAACAAAUAAAGAAAAUACAAUGGCGGAGCAAUGA